AAAUGAUAAGAAAAUUUCUUGUUAUGUGAGGUGUAUACAACUGCAAAUGGCGGAAGAAAUCGUGAAGUACUCAGAAGAAGAUUUAGAGUUAGAAACUAAUUUGUUGGAAAAAACUGUGCAUAAUCUACAACAACCACCUCAAACAAUAGCUAUAAUCGGUCAACAUGGAUGUGGCAAGUCAUCCUUCAUAAAUACUGUCAUGGCGGUGUUUUGUGGUGAAUAUCACGAGCGUGCACUUGUUGGGGAUUUUGGGGAUGAAGGUGGACAUGUGACUCGUCGGUUAUUCAGAUAUACCAAAGAAAAAUACAUGGGAAAACGUGAAAGGAUGCCAUAUAAUUACCCAACAUUGAUGGAUAUGACAGGAUUUCAGAAUGACGAGAAUGUGAAUUCAGUACUAAAGUUGAUCUUUCACGGCCAGAUUAAGGACGGAUCUAAAUUAAAUUUUCAAACAAAGAGUCAACAAAACAUACCAGAAGUGUUGCAGCAAUUGAACUACGGAGACGAGGGUCAUGCAAAAGUAGACAGAAUAAUUUUUGUUGCUUCUGCAAAAUCCAAAGAAUUUCCCGCUGAACUCAUCAAAGCUGUUUUGUCUCAAGCUUCUGAUGGAACAAGGGAUAUACCAGUAUUUGGAGUUCUUACUCAUGCUGAUCAGAUCCAUGAGAAGAAUGGCGAAGAAUUUUCUGAAUUUGAAAAAAAGUUCAGAAGAGGCCUAGGGUUGUCUCAGCUGCGAUUUCUUCAUUGUACUAACUACUGUGAUGAUCUGCCUUGGAAAAAUCGGCGAAAUCCCGAUGUUGAAGUUCCUGUGAUAAGAUUCAUCAGACAGGUAAUAGAUCCUGCACGAGAAGUUUAUGAGGAAAGUACACCUCUUGGACAAGCAUUUGAAAAACUGAAAAAUACAAAACUCAAAACUGCAGUGCUAUAUUUCGCCCAGUGUGUUUUCAUUUUAAUGUACCUCUGGUGGCUUAUGCUUCCAAUAUCAGGGAUUCAUACCGCAUGCGAGAGCUAUAAACAUGAGAACCACAAAUUAUCCAGCAUUGAUAAUCUUUGCAAAUUGAGCUCCGAUGGAAAUAUUAUUCAAAAACCCUCUGUAUAUUUUCUUUUUGGUAUAUUUGGUUUCAUUUUUUUCGGAACGAGAUCGAUUCUAGAAAUUUUUUUAAGAUAUAACACCGAAUUCAAUUUGUUUCUUAACCAAACUUUUGGCAUGAUUUACAGAAAAACUAUCAGAGCAAAUUAAAUACAUGAAUUAAAAUGGAAACACAUAAACAAUAAAAUGCUUUCU